AUGGGCCCCUUGUUGCAGACGGCCACGUCCGAGGCUUUGGGGGGCGCCUGUGCGGGAGUCGUGGCAGACUCGGUCUUGUACGCCGUGGACUCGGCAAAGGUUCGUGCCCAAACAACGCCUGCCGCGUCCGGGGGCUGGAAGAUCCUCUUCAGAGGCCUCGUGCCUACAAUCACCCUGGGGUCCGUUCCCAUCUUCGGGUCCUUCUUCUUCUGUUUCGCCCUAGUCAAAACAAAGCUCCUGGAGCAAAAGCAGGACGCCCUGCUUCCUUUCGCAGCGGCUGCCUGCGCAGUUCCAGCGACACUCGUGGGAGUCCCCGCUGACGUCCUGAAGAAGCGCCUGGUCUUGGGCAUCGACCCCAAUGUCGCCAAGGCUUUCUCACACAUCUUGUCAGAGCAGGGCUGGCGAGGACUCUUUGCCGGCUGGCACGUCAACUUGGUCAAGGACAUCCCGUUCGCAGGUGUGAAGAUCGGUUUUUAUGAGGCCUUUGUCUCGCAGUGGAGGGCUUGGAACGGACUCUCGAGCAAGGAAGCCCUGGGCGCACAGGGCGCGGCCAUCUGCGGUAUCGCCUCGGGCGUUGCUUGUGGGGUUCUUACCUGCCCCCUGGAUGUUGUGAAUACGCGAAUCAAGGCCAGCGCCACCCCCUCCAGGUCCAUCCUCCAGGUGGGACGCCACAUGUUGAAGACGGAAGGUGUUUUCGCUUUCUUCCGUGGGGUUGCGAUGCGGUCUUUCGUCUUGGCAGUGGGCUCGUCGAUAUUCUGGCCCAUUCAACAUGGGGUCUCCUGCCACCUGAAUGGCAACACCUGA